CCCCCCGCGCCGGUUCACUUGGGGCUUAUGCUUGCUUCCAUAGAAGUUUGCUUAGGAAUGAGGCUUCACCCUUCCCCUGCUUUCUAUCUGUCAUGCGAAGUUGGUUGCCAGCUAUCUCUGAUAGGGUGACUUCUGAACAGAUGUCUGGGCUGGCAGACAGACAGACAUUCAGCUAGUAAAGGUUUCAGCCUUUGGGGCAGGAAGACUUCUCGAAUGCAGUGGCUAAAAAGGAGGCACCUGAGGUUUUUUAGACGCCUGGCUGGUGACUGUAUUUGUAUCUUGUGAAUGACUGCUGCACUCCGAGUGCUUCCUGCCAGAAUUGUGGGGCACUGAAAGAUAACCACCAGCAUUUGGGGCACCAGCUUUGUUGUUUGAGAAGGCCUCUGGUGUUCAGGAGUGGGUUUGGGAGGUGGGUUUGGGAGAAUACAUUUCAAAUAUUGACCCAGUUAGUGGCAGCUGCACAAUCUGUUGUUUGUGUGGCUUUUGCAUUUGUUACAAUGUUGUUUUUUUAAGGUGGCAAAUGCAGUGAGUCCUAAGUAGAAUAUGGGUUGUUUUGGGUCCUUAUUUACUCAGUAAAUAAUUUCAUAAGUGUAAACAGGGUAAAGGCAAAUCACUUGGCUGGCAAGCCUCAUUCUUUUUUGUGGUUUGGGGCAAAUAAUAUGAAAGGAAUGGAGAGGGGAUGAGGGCCUUGAAGAAUGAAGAGAAAAACCUGGUGAGACUUCUAAGUCGGUUGACACUCUGCUUCCUGGUCCAAUGGAAACUCUGAGUGAGGGAUUGGGAGGAGUGUACUCCUCCCUAGGAAGGCUUGCCUUAUGCUUUAAGAACCGUCUGCACAUGCCCCUAUAUUGUCAGAGACUGGAAAUGUUCAGUGGAGAGCUGUAGCAAAGGACAGUGCUUUGUUUGCUAUAGGUCACAGUUAUACCACCAUGCCUGGAUCUCUUCCUGUGAAUGCUGAAGCCUGCUGGCCAAAAGAUGUGGGGAUAGUUGCUUUGGAGAUCUAUUUUCCUUCCCAGUAUGUUGACCAGGAAGAGUUGGAGAAGUUUGAUGGUGUGGGUGCAGGGAAAUACACCAUUGGCUUGGGCCAGUCCAAGAUGGGCUUCUGCUCAGACAGGGAGGAUAUCAAUUCCCUCUGCCUCACCGUGGUGCAGAAGCUUAUGGAGAGGAACAGUCUCUCCUACGAUUGCAUUGGGAGACUUGAAGUUGGAACAGAGACUAUCAUUGACAAAUCCAAAUCUGUAAAGACUGUUCUGAUGCAGCUGUUUGAAGAAUCUGGCAACACAGACGUAGAAGGCAUUGACACCACCAAUGCAUGCUAUGGAGGCACAGCUGCCCUCUUCAAUGCUGUUAACUGGGUGGAAUCCAGUUCCUGGGAUGGACGUUAUGCACUUGUGGUUGCUGGAGACAUUGCUGUGUAUGCUACCGGAAAUGCCAGGCCAACUGGAGGAGCUGGUGCUGUUGCCAUGCUUGUGGGUCCAAAUGCCCCUCUGAUUUUUGAGAGAGGAUUGCGUGGGACCCACAUGCAGCAUGCCUAUGACUUCUAUAAACCUGAUAUGGUGUCUGAAUAUCCUGUGGUAGAUGGGAAACUGUCCAUACAAUGCUACCUUGGCGCAUUAGAUCGCUGCUACACUGUCUAUCGUAAGAAAAUCUGUGCUCAGUGGCAGAAAGAGGGAACUGACAAAGAUUUCACUCUGAGUGACUUUGGCUUCAUGAUCUUCCACUCUCCGUACUGCAAGCUUGUACAGAAAUCUGUAGCUCGUCUGUUGCUGAAUGACUUUCUUAAUGACCAGACCCCUAUAAAAGAAAAUGGUAUCUAUAGUGGCCUGGAAGCUUUCAGGGAUGUAAAACUGGAAGACACUUAUUUUGACCGAGAUGUAGAAAAAGCUUUUAUGAAAGCCAGUGCUGAGCUUUUCAACCAAAAAACCCAAGCUUCUUUGCUUGUAUCCAAUCAGAAUGGGAAUAUGUACACACCUUCAGUCUAUGGCUGCCUUGCUUCUCUCCUAGCUCAGUACUCUCCUCAGCAACUGGCAGGGCAGAGGAUUGGGAUCUUUUCUUAUGGUUCUGGGUUUGCUGCUACCCUCUACUCUAUCAAAGUUAGCCAAGACGCAACCCCUGGCUCAUCUUUGGAUAAAAUAACUGCAAGCCUGUCUGAUCUGAAAGCAAGGCUUGAUUCAAGGAAGUGCAUCUCGCCAGAAGUGUUUGCAGAAAACAUGAUGCUUAGACAGGAGACUCAUCACUUAGCCAACUAUAUCCCACAAGGUUCAGUGGAUGAGCUCUAUGAGGGAACGUGGUACUUGGUGCGAGUGGAUGAAAAACACAGAAGAACAUAUGCCCGUCGCCCUGUGUUGGGGGAUGGACCUUUGGAAGCAGGUGUUGAAGUUGUUCAUCUGGACCAUGCUCAUGAGCAUAUUCCCAGCCCUGCCAAGAAAGUGCCAAGAAUUCCUGUGAAAACAGACUCUGAAGCAGUUGCUGUUUCCCUUUCCAAUGGGGAGCAUUGAGAUACCUCUGUGAGGUGUGAGUUGGAAAAGAUUAGGGAGGGGUGGGGAAGGACAUGGGAUUAACUGUUAUUACCCACUUUCUGCUGUACAGUACUGCUUAGUUGGAGCAUGGAAAACUGUUAACUUUGAGGCUCUGUCUUUUGAUGCGGUUUGCUGACAUGUUUCAUAACACUAAACACUCAUGAGUUUCUUGGAACCAAAAUUACCAAGGGCUCUUUCUGGGAAUGACUGUUCUUAAAUAUAUAUGUAUAUGGUUCAAGAAUAGGUACUUUAAUUUAGGCUCAGGAAAACCUCAGUUGUGUUCUCUCCUGCCCCACCUUCUCGCCUCACUCCUUUUGUUAAUAGAGACCUCUGCAAUUCUCUUUUAAAAACUAGGCUUUAUAAAGCCAUUAAGAUAAAUUGAUGUGACCUACAGCUGUUUGUGAGUCACUUUUGUCUUAAAUGUUAGGGGCCUGUGUGCCUUAACAGGGCAAGCACCCAGUCGCUUAAAUAUAAGCCUUAUCCCACCCUUCAAAGAGGGUGCGAUUCACUUGGUUUUUAAGGUGCUAUGAAUUUGAGAGAGCUUUUCCAUUAUUAGGUCAAACUGGUCCAGAGAGUUUAGAGGUCUGUGAUUAUCAAUCUAGUUUCAAACUGUGUGUGUUCAUAUCAUUUUUUAAAGACAAAAAUCUCCUUUCUCUCCCACACCACCCUCAACACAAUUUUGCAGUGCUAGUAAAGCUGAGAAGCAUAUAGUUUGGGGAGUGAACAGUUCCUUUUUCAUAGAAUUCUUCCUAGCAAAACAUUGAAAAGAUGGCUGCUCUGCAUCUUAGAAAUACGAAACUAAUUCCUCUGAACCUCUCUCGUGUUAUCUUUUAUAAAGGUUACUUGAGAGCAAGCUUUGCAUAAUCUGCUUCCAAAUAAUGCAGAGCUUCUCAAACUCUCAUCCCAAGAACAUGGAUUGAUCCUGAACCUUUUGCUCCUUUAAAGCUGUUUUGUGUGUGCGCGCGCGUAUGUGGCGUUCUUCAAUAGCUGUGGCUCUGAACUAAUGUAUGGAGCUCCAUCUUUCAUGCUACUUAUUUAAAACUCCCACGUAGGCUUCUGUAGGAAGAUUCAAAGGCUGCAGUCCUCGUGUCACUUCCUGUCGAAUAGACCUGCACAACUUGUGACUCACUAAGCUGGAUGCUGCCCACCAGUUGUGUAUGGUGGCUUGCCAGGGGCUUGAUAAACCUCCUUUGUUGGCUUCCUGCCUGGGAUUGCAAAGCAGAGGGGUUGUCAAGCAACUGGCAGGCACAGUAUAUAGCAGGCUGGUCAUAUUCAGCCCCUAAAUUGUGUAGGUGUGUGAUAGAACAGCCCCACCGGUAAUCAUAGCCAUUCUUCAGAGUAAGUGCUUCGGUCACUGCAGUGUGCAACUUCAACUUCAUUCAAAGAAGUAGUAUGUCUACAGGACCUCCUGGGGGAGACCACUGGCCCAGUUGGGUGGGCCUGAAUGAACUGGAACUAAAGGGAAAGAAAGCUCCUGGCUUGUAAAAUACAUUGCAUUUUACUAAACUUCUGCAGUUCGUCUUGUUUUUAUUUUGCUGUGAGAUGUUAUAAAAGUUGUCUAAUAAGAGUGGCAUAAUUAGUACAUAUCGUGCAAAGUUACAAAUUGCAGGGUUUGGGCAUAAUGUAGCAUCUGUUGUUUUUUUCAAAACAAAAAACAAAAACUGCUGUCACUGACUAAAGAUCCAUAAUCUACAUCUGUACAGUGUGUUGACUGAAAUGUUUGGACUUAACAUGAAUUGGUGAGAACAAAUGGUCUAGGUACUGUGGCAAAAGAGAUGUAGGGUACAAUCUUGGUAUUUUGUACACAUGUUGGAAGUGUAUCGAGUCCAUUGCAGGCAAUGGGACAGGCCAGGAACCAUGGCGCGAAAGUUAACCUUUAUAAACCUCACAAACAAUGAGGCAGAUGCCUUGUGAAAUAAACUUUAAGCUAUUUGAGCUA